AAAAAAAAAUACAGCCAUCAGUGUUCAGGGGGGAGCUAGAGGGAGCAGGAGUGGACUGCCAUCUGGCCAGCUGUGUGGACCAUUGACUACCUCACCAACAGACCACAGUAUGUGAGGCUCCAGGACCAUCUAUCUGAUGUGGUGGUUUGCAGCACAAGGGCCCCACCGGAGUCUGUUGACAGGUCUUCUGUAUCAUCGUCCUGAGGACCCCAUCAGCUUCCUGCAGAGCUGCCUGAUCAGGACCAGACAGCUGGGGGGUCCGCAGGUCAUCACCUGGGAAACCUUUAUCCACCUAGACAGAGACAAGCUGAGACCUGAACCCAGCAAAACACACCCAGGACCCGCCAGAACAACAUCUGUACCCACUAUAACACCAAUAACACCCUCUGGAACCCCCCAAACAGCUACUGCAAGCAGGGUCCUCCUCCCAGCUCCACCUGGACCUACAGGAACUCCACCUGUCCCCUUUCCUGUCCACGCUGAGGUGAAGGAAGAAGACACAAAGACUGUCAGCUCAGAGGUCCGGUCUCAGCUCUCCAUAGACUCGGACUCUGACAUGACGGAGAGUUCUGGACUCCUGCAGGAAGUCAGCAUCCUACCUCCCCAGAGGCCACGCCCCCUCAUCUUCUUCAUCAUUGGUGGACCAGGAAGUGGGAAGGGAAGUCAGACAGCGAGGUUAGCUCACUGCUUCGGCCUCAGAGUCGUCUCAUUGGACAACCUGCUCAGGAAGCAGCUGCUAAGCCAUGCCUCCCCCAGCAGGAAGUGGGAGGUUGUUUCAGAAAUGAUGAAUCAUGGAGAGCUGGGACCACAGGAGGAGACAAUCUCAGAGCUAAGGAGGCAGCUGAUUGGUCAGCAGCACAUCAGAGGGUUCAUCGUGGAUGGAUUUCCUCGAGAUGUCCACCAGGCUCUGAGUUUCCAGGAGCAGAUGGGCUCUCCUGACCUGGUGAUACUGCUGCUCUGCUCCAAUGAGACGCUGAACUGCCGUCUGCAGCAACGAGCUGCUCGACUCGGUCUCCUGGGAGACAGUAACCACACCUUCCGGAGACGCUUGGACACGUUUCGGAGAGACAUCGUCUCCAUCAGGAGAUACUACAGACAGACAUACCUGCUGACACAGGUACACUUGCGGAUACAGGUGGAUGCAGACAGAGACGAGGAUGAGGUAUUUGCUGAUCUGAGUUCAGUCAUAAGAGAAAAAUUGCAGCUGAAGGAUCGGUCAGAUCCCGUCGGUAUCCCAGAAUGCAGCAGUGUUGUCCCUGAUGUCCCCUUUAACAUCAGAUCUGUUAAUCAAUAAUAUACAUUUUAUCUUUCUGUAAAACUGUCUAGAAUCAUGAAGUAAUCAGUGAUCAGUAUGGACCCAGAGCAGCCUCUUAGCAGUCUUUUCCUACUGGAUAAUAAUCAUGUGUGUCAUGGUCAGUCUGUCUGAUGAUGCAAUGUUCAACUGGAUGUUUCAUGCAUGUGAAAUAUGAUACAGCAACCUAUGUAAGCAACCAGUUGGGAAUAGUCUAGCUGGUCAGAAUCCAGUAUUAAAACCACUUGUUGAAUCUCAUGAGUUAACUUUCCAACAUGUGUCAGUAAGUAAAGUCUAAAAUAAGUCACAGAUCAUCUUGGUUGUGAGAGAAUCAGAAACUCUCCAGUUUUAACUGUUGACAACCUGAAACUGAGCUGAGAAGCAAAAGAUCUGAACUGUAGAUAAAAUAUAUGUGACAGAUUAAAU